AUGUCAGACUCGCAGCGCAAGGAGCUGAACGCCUUCUUCUCGUUCUUCGCGACCUUCGACCUCGCUCGCCCUGUCACCUCCGUCGCUGACCUCUCCGAUGGCGCAGCCCUCUUCGAAGUCCUCUCCCUCGUCGACGACCACUUCCGGCAGCCCACGCGCCCCUCUGCGCAGCUGUCGGACAACUGGGUGCUCCGUUUCUCUGCGCUGAAGCGCCUCUAUCGCCUCAUGACGCAGUACUUUUCUGAGGUGCUGCACCAGCCCACGACCGCGCUCGACGUGCCCGACCUCCAGGCGCUCGCCAAGGACUACACCAUCCCCGCCGCCCUCACGAUGUGCCGCCUCACCAUCGCCAUCGCCGUGCAGUGCGAGCAGAACAAGGAUAUCAUCGAGAAGAUACAGCUCCUCUCCGAGGGCGAGCAGCACGCCCUCAUGCGCGUCAUCGAGCAGGUCAUGGCCAAAGUAAAGAUCUCGCGCGACGCGGGGCAUGGGGAGGGAAACAUGACAGAAGAUGACCACUAUUACCAGAUCCAGUCGGAGCGGAGCCGCAUCCUCUCGGAGAAGGAGACCCUCGAGAAGGUGUACCAGACGCUACUCGAGGAGCACCGCACGCUACAGACGAACUUUGACGACGCCACGUCGGAGAAGGAGGACGCGCUCGCGCAGCUGCGCCAGGCGCAGAGGGAUGCAGACAGUAAGCCCGUCGACACCAGGGGUGAUGCAAUGAUGAGGGCGGAGAUCGACCGUCUACGGAGCGAGCUCCAGAAGAGCGAGGACAAUCUGGCAAUGGCUGAGGCUGAGCUGGACAAGCACACUUCGCUGAUCACGGACUUGACACGCAAGGUCGAUGAGCUCCAGCUGAAGGCCGAUGAAGCUGCACGGUUGAAGGACCAAGUUGACGAAUAUCGUCACGCCGCUGACAAGCUGCAGAAGACAGAGAACGUAAUGGAAAAGUACAAGAAAAAGCUUCAAGAAGGGGCAGAUCUACGGCAACACGUGAAGGCAUUGGAGAAGCAGAACGCGGACCUCGUCGAUAAAAACGCGUCAUUAGAAGAGGAAUACCGCAAGGUCGCUGCAUUCAAGCCGCUAAUGGACUCUUAUAAAACUCAGAUAGCGGAGCUGGAGACAAAGGCGUCUUCCCGGUCCAAAGAACUGGAUAAAGUCAAGUUUGAACUGGAGCAGACCAAAGCGAAGCUGAAGGUCGCGGUUGAAGAGCGCGCGAAAGACUCAGAGACGCUCGAGCUGUACCAAGAACGCGUCCGCGAGCUAGAGUUGAGUGCGCGCCCUGUAGCGUCCGCCUCGUCUCGAGCACGUGACAGAGACGAGUUUACGGAGGCGGAGCUACUUGGACACCGAAAGGCAGGGCACGAAGAGGAGGAGGAGGAGCUUGAUGGAGACGUGCAGGGCUUGGGCGAGGAACUGGACUCUGCGCUCACAGGAACAACGAUGACGGACCUGAAGCUGCAGGUACGGAAACUGCAACGCGAGCUGGAGGCGGUGCGGAAGAACGAGGCGGAUGCGAGCCGGGUGCUCGUCCUGGAGAACCUGCUGGAUGACGCAAACCGCAUGAAGGCGCGAUACGAGGCAGAUUAUCUUGCUGCACAUCGUGAGAAGCUGGUGCUUCAGAAUGAUCUGGAGGAAAUCAGGAGCGGGAAGGCGAUGGGCGAUGGGGCCGAGGCUGCAAUUGCGCUGCGCCAGCGGCUCAAUGAGACCGUUGACCAGCUCGACGCCCUACACAAAGAGCAUACCGAGCUGGAGGUCAAGUUCGACAGUCAAGUCAAAGAGCUGACGAUCGCAAGAUCUGACCUGAACCUCGUCAACAAGGAUCAACUCGAAAUUCUAGCCAACUUACGCGAAUCCGUGAACGAAGACAAGGCGGGCCUUCAAACAGAAGUGGAACGCCUCUUGUCACAGGUUAAGGAGCUCUCAGACAAGAACAAGAUGCAGCUGGAGCAGAUCAAUGGACUGUUGCUUGAGAAGGUCGGCUUGCAGAGUGAGGGUAUCGACCAGCGGGACAGAAUGCUACAACGAGAACGUGCAAUCGGUGAUCUGAAAGCAUCGAUAUCUGGCAAAGAUGUGCCCGAAGAUAUUAAAGCUCGUCUUCUCAGUCUGCAUGAAGAGAAUGUUUCUCUGAAAGAACAGUACAAGACUGCGCAAGAGAAGUUGGUGAAAGCAAAGGCUUUCAUUAAGCAACAAGAUAAGCUUUUCAAGGAGGAACAAGCGAAGAAAGACGGAAUGGCAUCCCCAGCGGCCUUUGAGGAGGCAGAGGGGAGCUACCGUUCUCAAGUCAAGAUACUGGAAGAGGAUCUUGCUCGGCAGAAGCGUCUGAUGUCGGAUAUGAUCACGCGAUAUCGUCGAGAGCAAGCACUUAUGCUUGGCUACGUCCACAAUAUUGGCAUGAAGACAGCACGAGAUCAUCUGGGUAACCAGCAGCAAAAUCGGCCAAAUCCUACAAGCUGGCUGCCGCAACAGCGGAGAAACCUUGGCCAGCUCCUUCGUCGAUGA